AUGGUGCUCCGCUCCGGCGCCGUCGACGUGCUUGUGGAGGUGGGGUUUGGUUUUGCCGGCCCGUAUAAUUCUGUGUAUGGAUUUGGCUCUGCAAGACGAGGCCAAGUUGGUACAUGUGCUUCGAGGAACGAAAAAUCACAUAAUGUUCCUAGACUAAUCGAUGGCUUUUCAGACUUCAAGAUAGUAAAUAUAUAUGCCAAUGGAGAUCACAGUGCUGCAUUGGAUGAAUAUGGUCAUUUGUACAUCUGGGGAAGAGCAUUAAUUGGACAACAUGACAAUGAUCAUCCUUGUGUGGUUUUACCCUCUUUGAGUAUUUCUCAAGUGGCAUUAGGAUGGCAUCAUGCCUUAGUUUUAUCUGCAGGAGAAUUGUUCACCAUUGGUGUUUACCGACACCAGAAGUGUGAUCUCCCUGUGCCCAGGAAUGUAGUGGGGCAGCAAUCAAACACAAGUGGAGCAAGCAGUUCUCAUGAUAGCUCAUCUUCUCUGUCAGCUGCGAAGAAGAUCCCCUGUAUUGAUGGCGAACGGGUGGUGCAAAUGGCUAGUGGAACCGAGCAUUCUGCCUUUGUAACAGAUAAAGGAACAGUCUUCACCUGGGGGUGGGGAGAGCAUGGACAACUGGGUUUGGGUGACACUUCUGACCAGGUGGUUCCUCAGCGAGUAAACAUAGCUGUUUCUUCUGGUCCACGUGGUGUUUAUUGUGGAAGUGGAUUUACCGUCGCGGUGGACUUACAUUAGUGACAGAUUACUUUAUAUUUUAUAAUGGUGAAAAUGAGUGCGGAGGAGGAUUGGGCCAGAUGGACCCCUUUACCAACCGGGCUUUGUUUGAACAAAUAUUUGGGUACCUUUCGUUUUGAGCUACCCAUUUGACUUCUGACAUCUUUAUUACAAAGUGGAACAGAAAUAAGGCCUUGUUUAGUUGCCUUCAAAA